AUCGGCAGGAAACGCGCACGGGGAGAGAGAGAGAGAGAGAGAAAGCCAUGGAGUCCUUCGCCUUCCUCCGGAUCUACCCACUCGCCCCUCUCCAAACCGCUCCCUCGUCCCACUCCUCGCCACCCCUUUUCCCUCUCCUCCUCCGCCGCCAUCCCCCGCCCCUCCGCCGCCCUACUCCGCCGGCGACGGCGGCCCUCAAGAGCCCUCGCGGCUUCGGCCCCGCGCCCCAGAAGACCAAGAAGCGAUUGAAGCGGAAGAGCUCACCACCCAACGAGGACGAUGACGAGGAAGAAGAAGAUCGGAGAACGAGGGGCACGAUUCCUGAGGUGGUCACCAACCGGAUGAUGCGGCGAAUGGGUUUCUCGGUAGGGAUUCCUCUCGCUUUCGGCCUCCUCUUCUUCCCCUUCUUCUAUUACCUCAAGGUUGUCUCCAAGAUCGACGUGCCCACCUGGAUCCCAUUCAUCGUUUCCUUCUUCUUCUUUGGCUCCGCCCUUCUUGGGGUCAGCUAUGGGAUCGUUUCGGCGAGCUGGGACCCUCUCCGGGAGGGCUCGCUUCUUGGAUGGAACGAGGCUCGCCGGAAUUGGCCCGUCUUCUGGCAGUCGCUCUGGGGCGGCGGAAAGAAGUAGAUUGGAUUCGAUCACCAAAGAUGAGUUCUUUGCUUCCUUCUUUAAUUUCUUUUCACCUCCUCUUGUUAGUUUUGUUAGUAUUUUUGUAUUAAAGCUUCCACUUUUCCUUUGUGUACUAUGCUUGUGCAUCGUUAGCUUAGCUUACUUCACGGUAGCAUUAAUGCAAAGAUGUAAUUUUUAGUGAUCUAGUGGCUUUUCUUCUUCUUCUUCUUCUUGUGUAGUAUGAGACUGAUAGGAAACUUUUUUUUUCCUCC